UUAUGUUACUACUUACUAGUGUCCACUCUAGUGGUUAGCAAAUUGUUGAAGUCCAAACAAGUUUUAUUGAAGGAAUAGCAAGUAGAGCACCAUCGUUAAACUCGCGCAACACCCUUAAAAAUUUUGUGAAGAGAGAGCGGGACACUGAGAAUGAUCAAUUCCGGUGUUUCAUCUUCAGUUUCCCCUCAAUCUUCAUUCAAUUCCCUUAUUCUAAAUCGUACUGUAUCCUCAAACACCCAAUUCCCAUCACUUUUGUUUGCUAAUUACCCACAAACUCAUCUUCCAAACAGUCCUAGUCCUUAUCUUUCUCUCUCCUCUCGUUCUCAAUCUUCAAGACCCAUCUUCUGCCGCGCUUCCUCUGGUUCCGGUGAAAAUGACAACAAAACUGUCCUUGAUGCAUUUUUCUUAGGAAAAGCUCUCGGUGAAACACUUACCGAGAGACUUGAAUCUGCUGUUGGUGAGUUUCUAAGCACCAUUGGAAGGUUGCAAGCGGAGCAACAAAAGCAAGUUCAGGAAUUUCAGGAUGAUGUGCUCGAGAGGGCCAAAAGAGCAAAAGAAAAAGCAGCACGUGAAGCCCUGGAAGAGCAAGGGAAACUCAUUUCCAAUACCACCACAAAGAACACAGUAGAAAGAAAUGUUUCUAAUUUGAGUGCCCCAACAAGCGUGGCUAAGCCAGAUAGCCCUAGAAGGGUUGAAGAUGAAGAUCAGAUUGAUUCGGAUUCGCAACCUAGUAUAAGUGUAACAAUAGAUGAAUGAUUGUUGCUUAUAGGAAUAUAUAUGUGUUCAAACAAUUUUUAUGUAUUAUUGAAGAUAUUUUUAAUAAUUUUGUGACUAUGUAAGUAUUUGUUUCA